AUGGGCUGGAGGGCCUUAGAGGUGCAAAGGUUCGCGAUUCUCUUCGCCCCGCAACUCCAGUACUCCUCCGAUCUCGCUCUGGGGCCACCUGGCCGGGCCUCAACCUCCGAGCUGUGGGAGGUCAGCAACGGCGGGAGUGGCCAGAGGCGAAGUGCGAAAGCCAUCUAUUUGCUGGUCUCGGCGGAAUUCCCCACGAAGAACUUGCAAGCUGUGUGGCUUUGCUUUCGCAUGCUGAUGCUGCAAACAUGUGUGCAGGGAUUGAAGCUGCCCGUUUGGGACAGCCCAGCUCGCAUUUCCGAGCUGUGCGUUGCCCGGCCUGCUUUUGCGAAGUACGAGCAGCUGGAUGUGAGCAUGUUUCUUUUCAAUUCAGCAGGUUCUGAUGAAGGUGAUGAGCAAGUACCCGCAGAUCUCCUGUGCCUUGAGGAUUUCAGUGACUCGGAGCUGCUCCGUGGUUUGUGGGCCAGGUACGAAAGGCGGCAGAUCUACACCUGGUUGGGUGACGUCCUGGUGUCCGUGAACCCCUACUCUGAUGUGGGAGCUUUUGGUCAGGAGAUGGCGGCGCGCUACUCGUCGAGCAGACCGCCGCAGGCGCCGCACCUGUAUGCUGUCGUCCAGCAAGCUUUGUCUGCGCCAGGGAGGAGGCAAGCUCUGCUCAUCACGGGUGAGAGUGGAGCUGGGAAGACGGAGGAGCACCUCCAGACAGCAGCCUUUGUGGAUGCUGUGAGUCAUUCCUCUCGCAUUCUGCAGGCCAUGUCCCCGAUGAUUGUGGGAUUCGUUCGCCUGCGCCAUUGGCUCCAUGGGGCCGAAUUCAAUGGAGAGAGUCUCGACGUAGUCCAGAAUUGGAACACGUCGGAGGAGUUUCUGCAGGGAGCCGAGCAGGUCUACCGGCAUGUCUUGUCCACAGCCUUGGCGCCUUCCGACCAAGACUCGGACAUCGGCCCUCUUCACCGAACACGAGACUGGCUCAAGGACCAGCAACAGCAGCGAGCCCGCGAUUUUUCAGAUGCCGAGUCGUUCGAGCUCACAGAUGUGUCGAUGCGCUUCCACAGCCUUACAGGGCCAAAGAGUUUGGAGACGCUUCAGGAGAUAGAGCACAUCACGAGGUGGCAAGAGAAUCGGGAGAAGCUGCGAGGUCCUCUGGAGGAGGACUUGAUCAAAGGCUCCACAUUGAAGUUGAGCUUCUGGGCCGUGGCAGAGGCACGUUAUCUUCCCGCGUCCAAGAUGGAACGCCGUGCUGAUCGACUACUCAUCGAGUCAGCUUUUGACUUGCGAACAGGUAUAGCAUCGGAGUUCACUGUGUCCGAGCUCGAGACCCUGACGCGAGAAGUUUCGGAGCGAUUCGAGGAUCUAGACGAAUGA